AUAUAUACGCAUGCGCUGUAUUACAACGAGUACGUGUUAUAUAGAUAUUUAAACGACGCAAAUAUUAAAGUAUAUCACUUCAACCGCUGGAUUUUCCAAAUAAGAAAACUUCUUUCUUACAUAUUUAAGGAAGGUUUUUACAAAGGAAUCUAGAGAGACUUUAGAAGAAUGGCGCUCCCUAACGGUCCGAUGGAGAUUGUAUUUUCCUUUGACACAACCGGAAGUAUGUUCAGAUGCAUAGAGGAAGUUCGUGGCAAAGUCUCUGACAUGAUACAGCGUUUGCAAGCAGAUAUACCGGGUAUUAAAAUAGCUAUAUUUGCACAUGGCGACUAUUGUGACAAGGAAACCGCUUACGUCACAAAAUUCAUGGACUUUACUGAUGACGUCGCUAAGGCCGUUGAUUUUGUAAAAAAUGCAAAAUAUACUUUUGGUGGUGGAGACGGAGGAGAGUGCUAUGAAUUAGUUUUGCACGAGGUCCGGACUAAACUGUCCUGGACACCAGGUUCUCAGAGGGCACUUGUUUUAUUUGGUGAUGACCGUCCACACGAACCAAAUUUCCCCCAAAAUAAGUUAAAAAUUGACUGGAGUAAGGAAGCUGACUGUCUGGCAUCGAUUGGCGUUCGAAUAUACUCUGUUCAAUGCGAUGACUAUCACAAAGCAGAUUACUUUUACGAAGGCAUUGCUCAAAAAACUGAUGGUCAGCAUCUCAGAUUGAAAGAUUUAAAAAAUCUUUUUGACGUUCUGAUGACAGUUUGCUAUAGGGAAAGGGGUGAUGAUCUUUUUCAUAACUAUGAAAAAGAAGUUCGUUCGAGAGAUGGCAAGGUUCACAAGGAUUUAGAUACAUUAUUUGGUGUCUUACGAAAACAAUCAUCAAAUGCAUCCACGUCUGUUGGUAUGUCGACUCAGGUGGUAUCAAAAUCGAAACGCAAUACAACAUCAAAAGUCAUUAAGAAGACUAAAACACCUGCAACUUCUUUGAAGCAGAAGAUAUUAACUUUAAAGAAACAAAGAAGAGUUAAAUCACCAAUUUUAAAGCCAGGCAUAUCUGGAGUCUCAAAACGCGGUAUGUCAGCUAAAAUGAAAUUAUUAAUGAAGAAACAAAUGAGAAAAAUAUCGACUGUUACAAAAUUCAAAAGGUACGAGGAGAAAUACUUACCGAAAUUACGUCGGGAAAAUGUUCCUUGGAGUAACUUUGUCUUACGAGAAAUGCAGUGGUCUCCUUGGAAAAUUGCUAUUGCACCAGAUAAACAGAAACAUCUGAAAAUUACGUGUGCCCGGAAAGGAAACGGGUGUGGCUACAGAGCUGAGAAAAUUUUCAUGGGCAAAACCCAAGUACCAGCUUUGUAUGAAGUUUCUGUGCAGACGAAAUAUCGCGCAAAAAGACACAUCAUGUAUCAUAAACUGUUAUGCAAAGGGUUUCGUUCAUUGGAGUCAAACUGGGAAAAUCGUUUAUUUGGUAAUUCGGACAUUACUACACAAAUUGACAGAGUUGUAAAGAAAGGUUGUUGUGUUUAUGUCCGAAGGGUGUUAUUAACGAAGCCAAAGAUGUUGAAUGAGGCUAACAAGUGUCUCAUUCGAUAUGACUAUGCUUGGAAUAAGGUAAAAUCAGAACGGACCGGUCAUCGACAAGUUACAAAGAACUCGAUUGACAUUUCAAAAGAAAUGGAUAUUUCAUAAUUUAUGGCUACUUGUCGAGAAAUAAACACCAUUACGCUAUAUGGAUUCUGCAGAAUUAAUUGCAAUAAUUAGUAACAAAUAAAGUGCUUGUUCAACGAUCACUCAUGCAUUUUCGUAGUACUUGAGGCCGCUACAAUUUAUUAAUGGACUGUAAAUAGAAUACAAAUUGGUAUAUUGGUGGACUUUAUAGAUACUGUCUAUUUAAUUUCUAAUGAAAAUCAUUAUGUUCAUUCACAUUUGUUAAUUGUACUUUGGAAUUUUGCAAAUAUUUUGUUAAAUGUCAUAUUCUUUGCAGUUUCAUUUUAUUAGAAUAGAUAAAAUGUCCAUCUUAAAAUAAAAUACGAUACUUAUA